UCGAUGUGAAGAUACUCAGAGAUCGGCUUGUUAGGUUUUUGACUUUUGACAAGCGAGAUGGCGCUUCCUCUUGGGAAGCUCACUAUUCUCGUUGGUGCAGGUAUACUUGGGUCUGUCCUCGUGAAGGAGGGUCGAAUGUCAAAUGUAUCUGACUUUUUAUCCGGUGCUUUCAAGAUUGUUGUCAAGCAAAUUCAGAAAGAUGAUAUUACUCCAAGUGCGAAACCCCAAAAUGAUGCUCUCCUGGCACAGGUAAAUAGCUUAAGGCAAGAGCUGCAGCUUUUGGCAUCAAAUAGAUCAAUUAUGAUUAUUAACCGGGGCAGAUCAGGUGCUGGCACCUAUGGGGUCCCAGUUGUUGUCGUCAUUGUUGUAGGAUAUGGAUAUAUAUGGUGGAAGGGUUGGAAGCUUUCUGACAUGAUGUUUGCAACAAGACACAGUUUAUCUGAAGCUUGCACUUCUGUAGCUAAACAGCUCGAGCAAUUUUCCUCAUCCAUUUCACAAACGAAGCGCUUUUUAUCUUCAAGAAUUGAUCGGGUGGAUAGUAGAUUAGAUGAGUGUGGAGAGAUCACAGCUGCAACCAAAGAGGAGAUUUCUGAAGUACGAGGUGAUGUGAAGAUGAUUGGCAAGGAUGUGGAAUCUGUUCAUCGUGCAGUGCAAACUCUUGAAACAAGAAUUGGGCAAAUAUCAGGGAAACAGGAUAUUACUAAUGAAGGAGUUCAAACAUUGUGUUCUUUCGUCUGGACAUUGGAGCAAAACAGAAUGCCAGAGCGUAUUCAGGCAUCACCGUCCAGUUCAUCAAGGCCAGCGUUGGAACUUCCACAAAUAACACCGACAUCAAGGCGGACUAGUUCUUUGCCACCCAAAGUAUCAUCGGAAUCACCAUCUCCAUCUGCAUCUGAUGAAUCUCCGAAGGUUGCACGAUCACUGCAGAGCGCUGUCUCAGCCUCAGGCCUUAAGGAGCUUCAUGGAAUGACAAAUGCUACUGCUGAGGCAUCAACUGGUUCCGAUAUUAAUAAUGGGGUCCAAGAUUCAGAAGAUGUGAACAGCAAUAGAUCUUCGAGUUCCAGUCGGACUGGGUGGAGAAUUCCUGGACUAAAUGGUUCUAUUCUUACAAGAACACACAGUGCGAAUUACUCCUUCAAGUAGUAUCUUAUGGGCCUAGUCUCCCCUUCAUUGAUCAGUAUGUCUGUAUAUGUACAUUUAGAGUUCAUUAUGCUAUAUAUGGAACACAUUUAGAGUCCCGCAGGUAAGGACUGCUCACUAUAUAUACAUGAAAACAAGACCAAGC